GUUGCUGUCAUUGGGGGUGCCAGGAAAAUGGCAUGGUGGUGAGGCGAGGCUUGAAGUCAAGUCUUUGGAAUUGGUACAGCGUAGCUGGCACAACAAGUCAGUAACUCCAAGCUCACCAAAGAAGUACUUUAUCAUUGGAUCGAAGACAACCAUCCAAUGACACACUCCCAAGCCCACUUUCGCCACCAGGUUUCUUCCCUCCUUGAUGUCACGUCGUUGUUGGAGCCAGCGCUGGUCAAUCGGUGGAAAAGAGGGGCAAAAUCCAUUCUUCUGUGCAUCCGGAGUGACCAUAUUCUGGAAAGCAAUGUGGCUCGGUAUCUAUUGGAGCUAUUGGAGACUAUUAACGCCUUGGAGGGACUCGAGAAGUUCCAAUUGAUUAUCCGAGGUCAGCGCAGUCGACUUCGAACUUCGGUGUUGGCAGCCAUCGUGGAAAAAGCAAAGAAAAUGACAACGCUGGAAAUUUCCAAUGCCUUCAUUCUGGUAGAUUGUCCAAACAGUGAUGAAUGCAACCGCGCAUUGCGACAACAUGGCACUUUGGACAGCAUGGCACUUUUGGAUUGCCAGCCAGCAAGAAGAGACGGUAUUGCUACUUCUUUGUUGCCACUGAUUUCAUCCUUGGCAGAAAACCAGGUGUUGACUAAUUUGGUCAUUGAUAGCAAGGUAUUGCAAGGAGAUAAUGAAGAAAUCACGAGAGCAUUGGCAGAGCUUGGUCGCAGCAGUUUGCGAACUUUCAAACUGUGCAAUUGCAGAGAACAUGGAUUGGCCGAAGAUAAUCUUCUUCCUAUGCUACGGCAGCUACAUACCAAUCAAGUCAUGUCAGAGCUUUGUCUCUACGAUGAAUCGCCUACCCAAGGCCGCUCCGGGGCAACCAUCAGUGCUGCUGUUGCCGAAAUGCUGGGCACCAAUUCCAAGCUGGAAUCUGUCCUUCUAUCGGUUCAACCCACAAAUGUUCCUCCCAUUAUCGAGGCUCUUCGAACCAACACAACCAUGAAAAGGAUCCGACUACAUGCACAGCAUCAGUCCUGCUUCAAAACUGUGAUGGAAAACCUUGCAAGAGUUCUUCGAGAUGACAACUUUGUCUUGGAGCAAUGCCAACUUGGUGCCGGAGGACCGAUCACCUCGUCGAACGUCAUUGAAUACUUUCUCACCCUGAAUCGCCUGGGGAGGAACUUUCUCUUGACCAAUCAUGAAGCCACGACGGACGACUGGGUAAAGACUGUUUGUUCCCAUCAAGAACGCACGGAUGUGGUCAUGUAUUUUCUUCUAAAGAAUCCUUCGUUGAUUGACCAAACUAUCAGUAGUCAGGGUCUUGUGAGUGAAUCCGACCACAUGGCCAAUGCACAGCAGCCACAAGCGAAAUCGAAUCAAGGCAGGGUUGUGGUGACGAGCCAAUCCGAGUUUGCCGUGUUCACGGAGAGAAACAAAAGGCAGAAGCACUGAGCAGCCUUGCCAUAGCCAAUGCAUGUAACAUCUUGAUGUAAUUAGUUAGGUUGAAAAGGGUCUCUCUACUUAAUGGGUUGAUCUAUUUGUUACUAUAGUUGGUGGCUCCUGUACACAAG